AUGGCCUCGACGCCCAACCAACAGCGUGCUGCUCGUGACUACGCAGCCGCUGAUGCCGCUGAUGGCGCCGACGGGGGCGAUCGUCACGCGCGCAUCGCGGAGCUGGAGCGCGUGGCGCGCCGGCAGCGGAAGGAGCGGCAGCAGCUGCUGGCGCAGGCCGACGCGGCAGCCGAGCGACUGGCGGCGACCGAAGCGGCGAUCGCGCGGUUGCUCGCCGGCGACACUCGUGAACGGCCUUCCGAGCAGCCAGCAGCCGUGCUGGCAGCUUCCGAGAAAUUGCCUCCUCAGUCGGAUGUAGAGAGUCCGGAGGGGGUGAGGGAUCGGUCGCAGCGGGUGGGGCAGAGGCGGGAGUGGGGUGGAGGAGCGAGCCAACGAAUUCCACUUGGCGCGCAGGCGGGCAUUCCAAAGGAACAGCGGUCGCAGGCUGACGCUGAAACGGAGAGUGACAAUAAGGAAGGGAAGAAUAGGCGGGACCCGAGCAACGGGCAGAUUGUGAGGGGUCAUGGUGAUGCCGGGCCUGGUAGGGACGCUCGGGAGAACUUGGAUGGAAGGUUUGAUACGGAGGUUCGGGAGAGCAGCUAUGGAAGGUUUGGAAGGGAGGUUCGGGAGAGCGGAGAUGGAAGGUUUGGUAGGGAGGUUCGGGAUAGCAGGGACAAAAGGUUUGGUAGGGGUGACGUGGGUGGGGACGACAGAGAGGGACGAGAGAGCGGUGCGAGUAGAGGCGGGGAUGGGAGUAGAGGCGGGGAUGGGAGUAGAGGCGGGGAUGGGGACAGAGGUGAGUGGCAUGGUGACAAGGGACGACGGGGAGAGGGGGUGGGAUUGGGGGAUGCGAGGCACAGUGGUGUUGGGGCAAGGGAUGUGAGUGCCAGAUUCAGGGAGAAGGAUGAACAUGCGGCUGUGAGGGAUGUGCGAGGGACUGGGCUUGCUCGGGAUGACGAGGAGAGCAUGAGGGAGGAGGGGAGCGCGAGGGAGGAGGGGUGGGAGCGGAAGAGGAGGCGUGAGCAGGGCAGUGAGGAGGAGGGGCGGCGGAAGGUGGGUGGUGGAGGAGGAGAGUUGCGUGAGGAGCAGCGCAGGGUGGCAGAGGGCAGACAGGGGAGCCUGUCUCCCAUUCCCCGCCACCAUGCUGCCGCCGCCGCUGCUGCUGCUGCUGCUGCUAGCAAGGCGGCAGGGAGCACGGAGAGGGGGAGCGUGCGGGGCGAUGAGGGCGGGGGGAGCAGGAAGAACCCCUCACCGCUUGCCCGGUGUGCCAGGAGGGAGGAUGACGUGGAGGGUGGCGGCAGAAAGAAGCGGGAAUUGUCGGGUGCAGGCGCGGCGCGGCCAGCAGCCGGGAUGGCAGGCGGGAUGUCGUAUGAUGACUUUCUGCUGCAGGGGGGGUCGGCCGCACGCGAGGGCCGGAAGGGGCUUCCUGGAAUGGAGCAGCGUGGAAAAGAAGAGAAGAAAGCAGUCCACUGGCCGGUGGGACCUGACCAAUCAGAGGAGCUUGUGCAGCUGGUGCGAGGUGAGAGCAGUGAGCAGAGGGCAGCGCGGUGGUUACCACACCUGCUGCCGCCCACAUACGUCCCCAGCAACCACCGCCGCCGCCUGCGCUCCAUUGAAUUCAACCCGGCCAACCCCGCACACUGUGCUGUCAGCUCGCUGGACGGGACUGUGAGCUUCUGGGCCAUCACCGCCUCUGGGCGCAACAUGAGUCGGCGCUUCACAGCGGACUGUGCGCCGAGCAAGCGGUGGCCGGAGGACAUAGCAUGGCACCCCUCGGGCUCGCACCUGCUGGCCGCAUUUGAGGCGGACGGCAAGGCGUGCCAGCUGGCGGCUCUCAGGAAUGCACCGAACGCGCCCUGUGUGGCGCUGCCAGCGAGGCCGCACCACAAGGGCGUGAUCAACAGCAUCCGCUACCUGCCGUGGGAGGGGCCGCCCUUUGUGUUCGCCACGGGCGGCAGCGACCACGGGGUGGUGCUGUGGCGCGAGGAGCAGGGUGAAGGGGGUGGCGCAGGGGCAGCAGGGGACCUGCCCAAGCUGACGCCCAAGCUGCUGCACGGCACGCGGCACACAGCGGGCGUGUACGCCACGGAGGGGCUGAGAGGGCGCUCGGUGGUGCUGUCGGUGGCGGCAGACAAGCGCAUUCUGGGGUGCGACGCGGAGAGGGGCGGCGCGCAGCUGGUGUUCUCCGCCAUGCUGGAGUCGCGGCUGACCGACGUGCUCGCCAACCCCGUCGACUUCAACCUCUUCCUUGUGCAGUCGGGCACGCCAUGUGAGCAGCUGCGGCUGUACGACUUCCGAGCACCCCGCAAGCAGCAGCACAUAUUCGGGUGGGAGCAGUCGGCGUCCGACUCACAAUCCGCACUCAUCUCCUCCUGCUGGGCGCCCAGUGGGCUGCAGGUGAGUGUGGGAUCAGCGGAUCCCAAGGUGCACAUAUUUGACGUGCGGUGGGUGGGCAUGAAGCCGGCGCUCACAGUGGAUGCGCACGACAAGCGGGUCUUCAAGGCCGCCUGGCAUCCCACGCAGCCACUCAUCGUCUCCAUUGCCUCUGAUCUCAAUGUUGGCCUCAACCCCAUUCGCACGUGA